GGACCCCUAAGGAGACGCUGCAAGUUGCGCCGCCGGCCGCUCGGGCCCAGGUUGCACGCCGGCUUGGCUCAGGACAUGCGGCUGCAAGGCCCGCCACGCGAAGCCGAGGAGACGCGGAUGCCGCGCUACACAUAUGCCACGCAGGCAAGGAGCAACAGGCGGCUUCUCCUAGACCGACAUGCGGGCGAACUCAAGGGCGGGGGGGCUCCGGGUGCCGCCCCUCUUGCCGCCUCAGUAGGUAAGGAGGCCCAGAGGGGGCCGGAGGAAGAGCUUUUCAGGGGACAGGCAAACUUUCUCCGAAAUGAAUAAAAUCCGGAAGGUCUGCCGAGGCAGCGGGAGAGCCCUGGCUUUGAUCUUCGCAGCUUCUGUCGUUUGGCUGCUCUUUGACAUGGCAGCCCUCAAGUUCUCCUUCGGCGAGAGCAACACCAAAGUGCUGCAAGAGGAGACGGCCAGGAAGGAACGGGGGCGAGAGCGAGUUUGGCGCAACCCCGAGAACGGCCUGGGGAGGUGGUCCAGAGAGGAGCCGGAGACUUCCCCGCCGUUCCCGGGACAAGGCGGGAGGCCCUCGAGGGACAGCGAGGAUGCUGGCCAGGGCGCGGAGGGGAGAGGGCAGCGCUUAUCCCUCGGCGCCACCCCGGCCCAAGCAGCGCCCGGGAAAGUGCCCGGCCUGCGUGAGAGACUCCCGCUGAAACGGCGGCGGCCCCCCGCGCAGCCCUUCUCCCAUCCCCCGGGGAAGAACGUCAGUGGGGCAGGAGCCACCAGCAACCCCCGGCAGACAAAGCCAGCUCUGGCCCGGCGGGACUGGGAGCCCCACUCAGCCGCUGCUGGAGAGCGAGCGCCUGUCAAUCUAACUCUUCCAAACCGAGUCCCCCCAAAAAUGCCUGCUCAGAGGACCGCGGGAAGAAUGGGGGUCUUACUGCACGUUGAAUUUACAGAUAAAGGGGCUUUGGUUGGGUUAAAACUUGGUGUCCCCGAUGGAAGCAAGCCUGAGGGUAGCCCUGGUCUCCUAAGUGCAAACAGGACUGGGGGGAUAGUAAGAAUGGUAGAGGCUCCUGAGGUCACAGGAAGGUGGGGUUUACCUCCUGGCAAGCUGCAUACCUCAACAGCAGAGAAGAAGGAAGUCUCUCUGAAUAAAAUAGCUCUAGGAAACCUGCCAAGCAGGGAGGAUGCAAAAAUAGAUCCAGCAAAGGAUGCUCUUUCAGAAAACCAACAGGUCUUUAUAACCAAGGAGCAGGUCCAGGUAGUCUUUCCAACAAUCCAGCAUCUCCAAGCCAGCACCAAAGGAUUUAGAUUGAUGGGAAAGAAUAUACAGCUCACUGGUGAGAAAAGCAGCAAUAAGCUGAAAGCUGUGAAUGCAACCCAAGUAGAUGGUCUAAUUAAAGCCAUGACCACAGAAGGGAUCCUUGCCAGAGGAAAACUGGGGAAGGUUGACAAAGUCCAUUUAGCAGAUGAGCAAUUCCACAAAUCCAAUCAGAGUAAUAUGGAUUUCACAGAAAAUAGUAGGCUGCACAAAGUGUUAACACUUGAUAAGACCCUUACCCCAAGAGACUCCAGAGCACCUGGUCAAUUUGGGCGCCCUGCUGAGGUCCCAGGUGAGAAGGAAGAAGAAGCCAAAAGAAGAUGGAAUGAAGGGAAUUUCAAUGUCUACCUCAGUGACUUAAUCCCAGUUGAUCGUGCCAUUGAUGACACAAGGCCUGCCGGAUGUUCCGAUCUUCUUGUCCACAAUGACCUUCCCACCACUAGCAUUAUCAUGUGCUUUGUUGAUGAAGUUUGGUCCACUCUCCUGCGUUCUGUCCACAGCAUCCUCAACCGCUCCCCCACUCAGUUGAUUAAAGAAGUUAUUUUGGUGGAUGAUUUUAGCACAAGGGCUUACCUCAAGGACAAAUUAGACAAAUACAUGGCACAGUUUCCAAAGGUCCGUAUACUUCAUCUAAAAGAAAGGCAUGGUUUAAUACGAGCAAGACUAGCUGGAGCAGAGAUUGCCAAAGGUGACGUCCUGACAUUCUUAGAUUCUCAUGUGGAAUGCAACGUGGGUUGGCUGGAGCCACUACUGGACAGAAUUCAUUUAAAUAGAAAGAAAGUUGCUUGCCCUGUUAUUGAAGUGAUCAGUGACAAAGAUAUGAGUUACAUGACCGUGGAUAGUUUUCAACGUGGUGUUUUUACAUGGCCAAUGAAUUUUGGGUGGAAGCCAAUUCCUUCAGAUGUCAUUGAAAAAAAUAAGAUUAAGGAAAGUGAUAUAAUUAAGUGUCCUGUGAUGGCAGGUGGAUUAUUUUCUAUUGAUAAGAAGUAUUUUUUUGAGCUUGGGACGUAUGAUCCUGGCCUUGAUGUUUGGGGAGGUGAAAAUAUGGAGAUCUCAUUCAAGGUUUGGAUGUGUGGAGGAGAAAUUGAGAUUAUCCCAUGUUCCAGAGUAGGUCAUAUUUUUAGGAAUGAUAAUCCAUACUCCUUUCCUAAAGAUCGCCUCACUACAGUAGAGCGGAAUUUGGCCCGUGUUGCAGAGGUUUGGCUGGAUGAAUACAAAGAUCUUUUCUAUGGACAUGGUUACCACCUCAUUCAAAAAAACUUGGAAAUUGGAGAUUUGACUCAGCAGAAGAAACUGAGGGAGCAGCUUCAAUGCAAAAACUUCAAGUGGUAUUUGGAAAACGUGUAUCCUGAUUUGGAGGCCCCUCUCGUUAAAGCUAAUGGGCUGAUUAUUAAUAUAGCAUUGGAUAAGUGCAUCACUGUGAAUCAGUCUAGUCUUACCUUUGAAACAUGUGAUAUUAAUAAUAAGAACCAAAAGUUCAACUAUACUUGGCUGAGGCUGAUCCAACAUGAAGACUCCUGCGUGGCACUUAUUGAUGCUGAAGGGACCCUGGGUCUGCACCCUUGCGAUAAAAGAAACAAUAGCCAGAAAUGGUUGCAUAAAUCACUGGUAGCUUUUCACCCAGAACUCAUGGAUCACAUUGUUUUAGAACACCUUUCAAGGGCCACAUGUUUGGAAGUGGAUCAAUAUCAGAAAGUCUUGAGAGCUAACAUUUGUUUUUCCAACAAUAAUCAUCAAAAGUGGCAAUUUGAAAAUUACUAUGCUGACUGAAGCAGAAGAGUAAGCCACAUGUAGCAGCUCAGCUGCUUUGUAAGCUGACAAGUUCAAGAAUGACAACUCUAAAAACAGGAAGUACAAAACCAGCAAUAGUUUUUGAAACCACAAUUUAAAAGCAGUAUAUAUGGGGAAAUCAACAGAUGGAGAAAGAGCACAGCUGGUUUAGCAUGGCAUCAUUCCAACCAGACCUGUUACCUCAAAGGAGGCUGGGCAGAAAUCUGGCAGGAAAAAGUUCAACAAAAAGGAAGUACUUUGAGUAUCCUUUCCCAUGGCAAAAAGUAAACUUAACAACAGAAUAUUAUGGUGGUUGUUAUUAUGGGAGCCCAUUAUGAAUAUGUCAUUUCAUUAGUGUUCUCUCUUUCUCUCUCUCUCUCUCUCUCUCUCUCUCAAAACUCUUUGGCAAACUUUGUAGACUUAAAUAUCUAAAACCGUCAUUCCAGAAGCAUGUAGAAAAAGUUGAAAAUGUCUUCCAAGGCAAGCAGGAAGAGUCUUAUUGCUGACAUCUCCAAGAAAAUGUGGAAGAAUCUCAGGUUGAAAUCACUUGGCUGUAGAGAUCAGAAAUAACUCUUUCUGUGAACCAGACCCAUAGAAUUAUAGCCACUUUGAUCUCUUUCAGAUUGUCCAAGAUGGGUAUAGAAAGGAGAAGAAAGAGUUCCAUAACCAUAUUGAAAGCAGGAUCGCAGGCCUUAAAGUGCUUGAUUUUGCAUUGAAAUUUAUUUUCUAAGAACUUACAACUCCAAGUAUUCUGGGUCAGUAUGCUUCCCUCUUGUGACAAGAGUUCCCAUCCCUUGUUUUGGGAAUAGUGAACAUAAAGAUGUGAUCCCUUCAGAAGGAUGCCAAGCAUGUCUUUGAGGGAGGAGAGCAGAAAUGAUAGGGCUAAUAAAGUAGAGCUUAUAAAGUGAUAAUCUAGAACAGGUGUCCUUCAGAAUGAUGUAAAGUGGCAUCAUAUAUGUCAGUGAUCUGAUUCAGCUCACUAGGCUUGGAAGAUUAAGGAGCCAAUUGGAUAGUUGCUCCAGCAAUUUGUAUGGUUGUCAUAAGGCACUCCUGGAUGGAAGAAUCAGCCAGGUAUUUACCACUUGCUAGCUAUUUUGGAACUUAAAUGUAGUGAUCCUGACGGCAUGAAGAGCCAGAUGCUUGUAGCCUCCAGCCACACAGGGAUUCAAGCAUUACCAUAUGCAUGCAACUCUUUGGGUCACAGAAACAUUUUUCAGAAUACUAUUUGAUUUGCACUUUGGAGCUGGCCACCUCAUAAGUUGAUAUUCUAUUGUUAGAUUUUAGUAGUUUUCACAAUUUACAAGAUCAUAGGACUGGACUGUUUCUGAUGUAAAACUCAAAAUUAACAUCUCUGAAAAAGAUGCUACUUAAGAAUGGCUCUCAGUAGGUCCAGCCACUCUUAGCUCAGUCCCCUGAAACAGACAGAUAUUUAACACUUAAGAAAAAAUAAUCUUGAAUCUUUCCAAAAGCAAAGUCAAUUUCUCCUAUACCCCACCAUCUUGAAAUAGUUUGUUCUCUUCUAAAAAGACAAUAACUUGUGUUUUUCAUCUGUAACUUUUCCAGUGUGUGAACUUUUAUUUUUUGAUGUUGGGGGAAACACCAUUGAGUUAUCCACCUGCUAUCUGAAGUCAUAUUGUCCACAGUAUAAUGAAAUUAUUAUAUACUAUACAAUUGUAUAGUAUAGAUAUAUUUCUCCAUACAUUUAGUGUACCUGUGCAUAGGACAAGGGGACUAUGCCCUGGUUUGCAACCACCCUAUUCCUAGAUGCUUGUAUUUAGUGAGAAACCUGAAAAGAAGCUCCUAAUUAAGGACCUAUAUAAUGGGAUUCCUCAUUAUCUGGACAGCCACGGGUUACAUUACAUUCCAUUUAAACAUUACUGAGAAUGUGUGGUUCUCAGGAAUUGGGAUCAGAGGAGUUCUGGUCCUGUUUCCCUACAUCCUCUUGGUUGGUUGUGGCUUGAGACCGGUGCCUACUGUUAAAUUAGGCAGUAGUUUGAUCGGACUGAGACCUUUGGCAACACUCUUCAUUUGUUUAAGAGCAGUGAACACUGAUAACUCUGGAGUUAACUUGCUGAAAAACCUCAUCAGCUUCAGAAUCAUGAUCAUGGAUUACUCUGGAGUAAAAGACUUAAAAUUCACACCUUGUGCCUCAGAACAUUGUGCUCAUAUUAUUGUAUGUUAUGUUAUAUUGCAUUAUUGUAAUAUAAGCUUAGAUGGCAGUGAAGCUUUCAUCAGCCAUCAUAUUUAUAGCCAGUUACAAGUUCUUUGGUGUCUAAAAGGGUCUCUGUAUGAUAUUAUCACAUCGCAUAAUACUGACAAUGGUUAGCAAAGCAAACUUGCCAAAAUAUUGAUUUGCCCAACAGACAUCACAGUUUCAUUCCCAACUGUCUUUCUGAUUUCCUUUGCACAUCUUUUAGUGUUGCUACCCUGCAGGCACCAUCAGAACAAUUAUACAGAUGUUGUCUGUGAUCUCAUGUUUUACCAAAAACAUUAAUUUCAUUACAUUUUGUGUGCUGAUACUCUAUCAUUCUUCAUUUAGCCAACAUGGAGAGGCCAUAUAUAAUGGUCACAUUGUAUUUCCCAUCAAUCCAGAUGCACUUUCACUCUUCAUUUUCCAAAAUGUCCACUUUUUUAAUUUUUUUUUUUUUUAGACUUUAAAAAUAAUUUUGCAUUCCCUUUGCAGUAUGGGGAACAUUGCAGCAAUAGAAAAAAAAUAGUGCAAUAUUGUAUCUAUUUUUUCUUGCAGGAAACACAGAUUUAUUGGGCUCAAUAUCUGAAUAAAAAUUUGAAAUCCAGGAUAUAAGAAUGAGCACCUGUGGCAUUCCCUUCACUCCAAAGCAGAGUAUCAGAAUACAAUUUCCACUUGCACGCUUUUUUUUUUUUAUGCAGAGAGAACAAUACAUAAGGCAUAACCCUCCCUUUAUAAUUAAACCUGAUUUCUCAUUUUAACUCUUUAACAAAAUCAUGUUAACAUAUUUCCCUAUAUUUUGUAACCACAUGUUGUCUUUUUUUGCUUACUGGUGAAAGUUACAAACAUGUAUUACAUUAAAAAAAGAAAACUACUAGGCUUAGAAAGUUGAUGCCAUGUUUUUGGAAGUGAUGGCAAAUCCAACAGGUGCCCUGUCAACGAGCAUAGAAGAGGACAGAAAGAAUCUUCCCCCAUCGUUCAACUCUGACUCCAAGGUUCAUAUCUGGAAAAAAAGGAGAAAUAAACCCCUGGUCCUUACCUUAACGCUGAGUUGGCACUUACUUUGCCUCACUGGCUUCUGCGUUUUGUAGCUCUUCAUUGUAACUGUUUUCAGAAAACCCAAGGUAAAGGUAUUCUCUAGGAUUUGGUUCAGUCUGUGUUUUUAAGUGAAUCUACCUGCUACUCUCUUGAGUAAUAGAUUCAAAUACAGUUGACCAUAUUCUUUUUUACUGUUUGACUUUAUCCAAUCAAUUUCUCAACUCUUAAAAAAUUGCACAUAAUGCAAUUUUAAUGUUUCUUUAACAAAAAUGUUUUUACCCUACAAAAUAGAUUGAUGAACAAACAUCAGUCUAUGGGAUCCAGCCAUCCAUGUGGCAUGCAAAUUGCCUCAUGUUCAUAAUUUAAGAUCCUGGCACUGAAUGUCUAAAAAUAUCUAUAGAACCCACAUUAAUUAUAUUAAUUGGAUUAAUAAUGCUAAUAAAUAUUAAUAAAUUGUAAAUGCAGCUUGCCAUCACUGACAAACAUGGACAUAUUUAGCAAUGUCAUUGCUCCAGGAUAGCUUUCAACUCUGAAAUGUGAAUAUCCUGCUCAAUACUGCGCCUAUAAUCCUAAACUUAAAUUAAGAUUCACUGAAAUUAUUGAAAAUUCUCUGCAGUUUCCCUUGGUAUCUGUACCUGAAGCACAGUCUUGGUUUUAUCUUGGAACAGAAAAUUCCUUGUAGGACCCAGGGGGUUAGUUUGCAGAGCUCUCUGCUACAGGUAUCUGAACAGCAUCUAUUUGUGCAGAAAAGGAGCAUGGUGCAUUGCUGUAUUUUGAUGUAUUACCAAGUGUCAGAUGCAAGAGUCCACUUGUUGAAAACAUGGACCCUUCUGUUAAAUCCAAGUUUAUUACUCAGAAUGAAGAAGAAGAUGAUGCUGAUACUGAUGCAACUGUUCUCUUUUUUGGUGGUCCUGGGAACACAAAAUUAAUCCCUGAUAACUAUUUCAGGGAAUCUUAUGUUAGAUUCAUGCCUCACACUAAGCUGAAUAAUAUGUUGUUUGUUUCAUCUUGGUAUGCAUGAACCUAGCCAUUGCGACUUCUUCAGUAAACUGUUUUAAGCAGACUUCUGUGUUUUGUGAAACAGGUCUGUGUCUGAAACGGCGCAUAGGGAUCAAUGUGUGAGCUCUGUCAUUAUUAUUUUUGUAUGAAAUAUAUAUUAUUCUAGUUGUAUAUUAUGCUCCUGAUGUUAAAAUUAUUUCAGUUUAAUAGCUGCUCCUUGUUUUUUAGCUGAACUAGCAUCCAAUGCAAUCUUAUACAAGAAGAGCUUUUCCUUGGUGAAUUUUAAAUAUGUAUUAAUGCAAUGAUUUGGAUACAAAUUUGGAUACAUAACUAUGGCUGGUACAGUGGGACUUCCCAUCACUGGGUGUGCCUUAAAUCCCAUUCAAGACAUCUUCUGGAGCAGUUUUGAAUGGUGUGUUGAUGGGGACAACUGUUUUGCUAGCCAAACUUCUGCCACCAGAAUUUCACCACUAGAUUUGAUCCUUACUCAUGCUUAGAUAGGCUUAUUAAAAUCAAUAGGACUUAAGUUAGGCAUUACCAAAUAAAGCCUUAUUGCUCACAGUGGGUCUCCUUUAUGCAUGACUAAAUCUGGAUUCACUCCCUUGUAAAUCACUAAGAUCUCUCAGUGAUUUAUAUGAGUGAUUUAUAUAUCUGAACUAACAAGGCUGUACCUUAGUGUGCAGUCCCAGAUGAUCUUAUGUUGGGGUAAAUUUCACCAAACUCCCUGGAAAUUGUUUCUGAAUAGAUACCUAUAGGGGAUUAUAUUUUCAAAUUUGAGCACAUGUCAUUUAUAUAAAAAGUUCCUUCUUUGAUGGUGUUCAUAGUGUAACUUAAAAUCAUACUAAUGUUGAUAUUGUUUGACAUAAAGUUUUAAAUUUGAUAACUAGCAUUAAAUACCAAAAUUGUUGCUUUA